AUGUCAAAGAAAAUACGUAAAACGAAGGUAUCAGCCAACUACAGAGUCAAAGAACCAUUAAAUAAUUUCAAAUUAAGAGUCAGAAUCGUACAGCAAAGACCUUUGCUUGCAGAACUGCUCGAAGACGAAGGAGAUACCAGAGAUACGAAUUUUCUCGAGGAAGAGGAUCGUAUUCUCGGCUGGCAAGAGAAAGCGUUUAGCCGAUUCGAGGCUAAUUUUUACAAAGAGUCAAAGAAUUGCAUCACCGAGGCUCAGAAGACCUAUUGCCAACGAAUCAAUGAGGAAAACAUUGAAGGCUCUCAGUUGUACAGUUAUACGGAAACGGACUUGUAUUAUCCGGGCAACGAGCUCUUGACGAAACAGUACAAAACAAAAUUGGCGUGCAGAAAUGAAACGGCGUUGCCGGCCUUGCAAAAUCGUAAGCCGUUCCCCGAAAGGUAUAACAAAACGGUCGUCGACAAUGCUCCUGACAAAACGAGGAUUCGAACGAAUCAUUACGUCUACAUGGACAGACGUACGAUGUAUGUCAUGGUUGAUUUAUCGCGACGAGAUAGAAAUUUAACAAAUCCCGAGGAGGAUUCCGAAACGGUAUUAUGUGUCAUCACUUAUGAUCAAUUGCAUAAAAUUUUGUCUGUAAAUCCGGACUUCACGGACGACCACUGUUACAGUAUUACGAAUUCGAACGGUGUUGAAUUUAAUUAUUGGAUAGAGCAUGCUUCCGCGAAACAGACACCGGAAGAAUUGCAAGAAAAACGGAACGAACUGCAACGCGAAAUUAAGGAGAGAUUAGUGUACAAAGAAACAGAAAUAUCUCACAGCUUCCACCUAACGCCACCGCAUAUACAUAGAAUCUUCAUAAAACUUGACAUUCUAUCUGCUCAUAAGUUCAUUUUUAAUGGUCUCUGUAUUUCUUAUUACAUUGACUUGCCAGAACAUUGGAACUCUGAUCAAAAGGAUCAUUUAUUUGGAAGGACUCAAAGAUGUAAUUUGAAUAAUCAGACAGCAUAUUUUGGGUACGCUACAGAAAUAUCAUUAGAUUAUGAAGUAGACAAAGCGUCAAAUGUAAAAAAAACUUUACCAUCUUGGCCUAGAUUGUUAUUAUCAGUUACAUCCCUUGAUACGUGGUCCAGAUACCGUACAGAAGGAUAUGCAGCUGUAUCCUUGCCUGUACUUCCUGGCAAAUAUGAGUUCAGUAUUCCAACAUGGAGACCAACUGGAAGUAUUAUUAACUCUCUUAGAAGAUAUUUUACUGGGGGUACUUACGAACUGGAAGAUAUGACUUACUGUAGUAUCCCUGUAGGACACGAAGAUAAAGUAUUAAACAAGUCGCAAAUAAAAAUCACAGCAAGCGGUUAUAUAAAAUUAAAACUGAAUAUUAUUUAUCAAACUCAUACUUCUAUUAAACCUGAUGAUGUGCUGAACUACUUUGAGAACUUAAGCACGGGUAAACUUAUGAUAAAUAUAGAAAAUAUUUUUGAACAGUUUAAAGCAGCUAGGGAGCGUAUGAUACAGGUCAGAAAUUUAAAUGUUUAA